CUGGUCUCUACAACAACCGCCAUUUUGUACCUUUUUUUGCAUUUGACAUCGCCAUAACAACGGCCUGCUUGAGUAUGCAGCUGUGGCCGCGUCGUCAUGGCAGGGCACAAUUCACUGUCACUUGCACUGUGGUCCUGGCUGUAUGUCUCCUGGUGGCUGGGGUUCAGCCCAUGGAUGACCCAACAUAUGGGGUGAAGCUCUGUGGCCGUGAGUUCAUCCGGGCAGUCAUAUUCACUUGUGGAGGCUCACGAUGGAGACGGUCAAUCACGAGUGCAGAUAUUUCAGAGGAUCCAUUUAGCUCCCGUCAGGAGGAAUCCUCAGAGGGCUUGACUCCCAACACGGUGCUGGAUAGAGUUCUCCAAAGGAACAGAGAGCUAAGUUUCACACCUAGAGACAACCAGGCGGAAGUGUUCAGCAGGCCAGCGCGUUCUUUCAUCACAGAGGAGAUCCUGGAAGCCCUCCGCAAAGCUGACCGUAAGGGCCGGGACGUGGUGGUGGGACUGUCCAAUGCCUGCUGCAAGUGGGGCUGCAGCAAGAGCGAGAUCAGCUCCCUUUGUUGAGAGUCAACCUUUGCCAUCUCAGUGAACACACCGGCAGACAUACUGUAUAUUUUGAACAGAUACAUAAAUAUACAAACCCCCUCACCCUUUUUCUCCUCUUUUCAUCUGAGGUCAUUUUAUAUCCAGGGGUUUUUCAGUUAAUCCAUUAUAUGAGCUGUUUAUGAAUUAUCGUUUUAUGGCUAAUAUCUAUGAAGUGUAUGGAAAGGGCUGCCAUGUGUUCAAAAUGUUUCUAUAUCUGUUAAAAACGGCUUUGUAAUGAACAGCCUUACUAAUUCAACCUUGCACCGAGCUGUUAUGUCCUGCCCAAACAAUAUGAUACAACCUGUAAAAAACUUUCUUUUCCCGUAAGUUGAACUGUGUGCCCGGGAAUUCAAGGGAAUAAAAUACUUUGUUAAGAUCAUUCAACAACAACUGGAAAAAAAAGAGUCUUGUUUGUAAAUUAGACUAUUGGUAUUUUACAUUUAGCACACAGAACGGGUUAACG